AUGUCCUAUCCCCCACCUCCAGGUCUAAACAACAACUCCAACGCCCAUCCAUCUCUCCCCGCACGACCUCCUCCAUCUAGCCUUCCUCCUCGACCAACGUAUAAUGCUGCUACCUCUCGAUCCGGCGGUGGCGCGCCACCUGCCUAUCCAGCGUCGUCUGGAUAUGGAGGCUUCGCGCCCAGAUCUGAAGCUCCAGUACACACGGCGCAACCAUCAUAUAAUUCAUACCAAGCACCUCCUCAACAACAGUACCCCCAGCAAGCAUACGGAGGAUAUAGCGCUCCUCCACAGCACGAUGCCUACGGCGCUGCACCUCAAAUUCGAAAUCCCUUCGCACCUCCCAGCGCCACGGCCGGAGCAAGAGCUUUUGAAGAGGACCCUGAUAUGGCAGCUCAGAUAGCACAAUGGCAGUCAGCAUACGCAUCAAAAGACAACACUACUAGCAGUAGUAAUACAUCAGGUUACACUGGUCCCAACCCUGCAACUCGACGAUUCAAUAAUUCAAGUGAAAGUUCUGGCGCGGCUACGUCUACGAACACUACACCGCUUGGCGGUGGACCUCGACCUGAUGCAGCGGGACCUACUAUGAGCUCAGCAGCCAUGUCUAGCGCCGCUCACACAGACACGGGCGUUGCAAACAUCGUAUCCGAUUCCAAAGACCCAUCUCAAAAAACCGUCGUUCGUUCUGGUGGUGGGUCAACAUGGACUGAUUCCUCACUCCUAGAAUGGGACCCCGCGCAUUUUCGUCUCUUCGUUGGUAACUUGGCAGGAGAAGUAACGGACGAAUCUCUUUACAAAGCAUUUUCGCGAUGGCCAUCCAUCCAAAAAGCGCGUGUCAUCCGAGAUAAGAGAACGACCAAGAGCAAGGGGUAUGGAUUUGUGAGUUUCAGCGAUGGGGAAGAGUUCUUCUCGGCUGCUAGAGAGAUGCAGGGUAAAUACAUUGGAAGUCAUCCUGUUUUACUGCGACGAAGUACGACUGAGAUCAAGGCUGUGAACCCGAGGGAUAAGAGACACGGCAAGAAUGGGAAGAACAAGAAUAAGGGCGAAGACAAGGAUCGUGAUAAGACUGGAGCUGGAGUUCAGAAGGCUGGAAGUAAGACGAAAGGGGGAUUGAAGGUUCUUGGUUGA